CGGAUUGCGCUAGAAACCCCAAAACAGCCUUAAAUUAAAACCAAGGAAUCGCCGAAAUAGUUCAAAUCAAAGCUAUAACUAUGAAGAUCAGCACUGGUACUAGUCUUCUUUGCUUUCUUUGUCUUUUCGGCGCGGUCUCUGUGAUUUCUGAAUCGUGUGAGGAAAAAGGGUUCAUAAAGAUGAAGGAGAGUGGAAGUGUUCUUGGGGGAAGCCAUGGCUACCGAGGAGAUCAGAGCAAUGGAGAAAUUGAAAGCAUUGGUCGUUUUGCUGUUCAAGAACACAACAAGAAAGAGAACGCGCUUCUUGAGUUUGGAAGGGUGAUCAAAGCCAAAGAACAGGUGGUUGCUGGUAAGUUGUAUCAUCUUACUCUGGAGGCAAUUGAUGCUGGGAAGAAACAGAUAUAUGAAGCAAAAGUUUGGGUGAAGCCGUGGAUGAACUUCAAGAAAUUGGAGGAAUUUAGGCACACUAUAGACAUCCCUUCAUUCACUACUUCGGACCUUGGUCUUAACCAAGGUCAUUUGAAAAAGCCAUAAAGUUUGAUCGAGUCCUGUGUUUCAACAGGAGCAUCGGAGAACUUGCAAACUGUUGAUGCAAAGUUUAUUUUCUUCAAUUUGGAGCCUAUAGUGUUUAAUGGUGUCAAAAUUUCUGCAACUUAUAGUUAUGUUGAUAUAUGCUGCCUAAUAUGGUUAGUUGUUGAGGGAUGAUAAUAUAGAAUAAGAUAGCUAAAAAACUUGCUACUUUUAGAAUAUGCAAUCAGUUAAAUCUGUGUUUAGCAGGAAUAUGGCACAACAUAUUUACUGUGUAUGUGUACGCAUAAUACUGUAGUAUGAGAAUGAUGUUUCUCAGUUGAUUUAAUGUAAAUCUCUUGUAUUUAAGCUGAAUAGCUUCAGUAUA